AUGGUGCAAGUCAAAGAAGGAUUCAAAGUCAUCGUCGUCGGGGCAGGGCCGGCCGGCCUCCUCAUCGCCCUGAUGCUGGCACAGAAGGGCAUCUCGGUCACGGUGGUCGAAAAGGGCCACGAGAUAGACCGCAACCCCCGCGCCAGCUUCUACAACACGCCGACUAUCUACGAGCUGCGGCGGGCGGGGCUGAUGGAGGAUAUCAUGAAGAACGCGUUCGUCCCGGACGGCGUGAGCUGGAGGAUCCUCGAGUCCGGCGGCGAGAAGACCUUUGAGAUGGUCUGCAAGCUGCUGGCGGAGAACCCACCAGGCGGGGAGACCAACAUCUCGCUCCCGUUGGACGAGCUCCUGCCGCUCAUGGCGGAGCACCUGGCGAGACACCCGAGCGGAAAGGUGUUGCUUAGCCAUGAGGUGUUGUCUGUCGGGCAGGAUAAGGACAAGGCGUGGGUUGAUGUGAAGACGCCAGAAGGAGAGAAGAGGCUCGAGGCGACUUACGUGGUUGGGUGUGACGGUGCGCCUAGCAAGGUUCGCCGCGAGCUGUUCGGCAACGAGUUCCCCGGCUUCACGUGGGACAAGCAGAUUGUUGCCACAAAUGUGUACUACCCAAAGUUCAAAGAGUACAAGGGCUGGACGUCUUCGACCUUCAUGAUCCACCCGGACCACUUCCCGAUGAUCGCCCAGCUGGCCAAUGACGGCCUGCUGCGCAUCACCUACGGCGAGGACGAGGGUCUGACGAGGGAGCAGAUGCGGGAGCGGCUUCCGUGGAAGUUCAAGCAGUUUGUUCCCGGGGCGCCGGAGCCUGAUGAGUAUCAGGUGGUCAACUUCAGCCCGUACAAAAUCCACCAGCGGUGCGCCGAGAAAUUCAGGGUGGGCAGGGUCUGCCUUGCUGCCGAUGCGGCACAUGUGUGCAAUCCUUUCGGCGGAAUGGGACUUACCGGAGGCCUUGUUGACGCCGGCAAUCUCUUCGACUGUCUAUACGGCAUAGCCACAGGCCAGCUGGAUGACAGCAUACUGGACAAGUAUUCUGAGAUCCGGAUCCAGAAAUAUAACGACAUCAUCAACCCGAUCUCUUCUAGCAAUAUCCGCAGAGUAUGGGAUCCUAGCCCAGAGGCGAUCAAGGCGGACCCGUUCUUCCAGGCUGUGGAAAGGGCAGAGAAGGACAAGGAAUUUGCAGAAGAGAUGAAGAAGGGGCUGUCCGCCGUUAUGCAUGACUUCACGCAGUACUACAAGCCGCCUGCAGUGCAAAACGGCGCAUAA